AUGUUCAGCUGCAACAACCUCUUCCGUGAUGCUGAGUACGACAACCUCCUCUACUCAAACCUUCCACAUGUUGAUGCACACAAUGAUGAAGAAUCUUUGGAAAGCUCUGAUUCCUCAUCUUGCAUUGAUGACUUCCCAACACAAGCUGAAGUCGACUCUGAAAGGCCAGUCGAACUUCUUCCAGACGUUACCUAUUUUGUUUGA